AAAGCCUCUACCACAACACAGUGUCAACGCUGUUUGGAAUAUGGACACUGGACGUAUGAGUGUAAGAAAGAUAGAAGUUACAAAGUGAGGCCCACUCGUACACAACAAUUGAAAAAACCGGUCAAGUUAUACCAACCCGAAUUACCAACAGAGUUUCAGAGUAAGGAAGGUUUAGCAGAUAAAAUAUUAAAAGAAAAAAAGAAAGCAAGA